UGAAAGGAAGUGGCUAUCUGGUGAUAAUGACAUAUGUGACACGAAUGCUCAGAACAAGCGCAACUCCAGCUCGGGCUUCUGGUGAGAUCAGGAGUACAGCACAGCCUUCCUCAUGUGUACAGCAGUGAAAAUGAAACCCAUUUCCAUUUUACUACUGAUGUUGAAAGUCCAGGCCGCCUUCCUCGCCACACAAGGUCCAGAUAUCCAUGCUGAGUUCUUGGGCAAUGGAAACCCAACUCUCAAGAUCACUGCCAAUAGUAGUUGCGAAAACAUUACAACAGAUAAGAUACAAGUGGAUUUUUACAGAUGUUCCAUUAGUGGCUCACCAUUGCAUCCCGCAUCAGUGUCAGGAGUGUGUACGAAAGAGGGUGCCAUGAUAUGUUUAUCAGAUGACUUGAAAGACGAACAAUGCUUCACACUAAUGACAACAGUGAACAAGAACUGGACGAGUUCUUUAGAAAUCAACUUGAAAAACAUAAGUUUUUUUGAUCGCAACAGGAUUAUACCCACUGACUGGGAACAUCAAGGUAACACAUCGACGCUGAAGAUCAAACAUAUACCAGGUGUUUCUUCCUACGAACUCAAGCUCGAGCCUCCAAAGGAUACGAAUUGUUCAACUAUUGUUCUUAAGAGUGAAGUGGGCCGCCUGGACUUUUACAGCACUUUUACGGCAGACUGGUCCCAAAACUUCGUCCCGGGCUGCAAGUAUACCACAAAGUUGUAUGUAAAAAACGACUGCAACAAGAACGUGCAUAUACAUAGAGACCUAGAAGAACUCUCCUGGAAUCCUAAAAGGAAGAAGCUGACCGAGGACACAGUGACAACAAAGGCCUGGACGAUUCUAGCCAUGAGUGCGGUUUUCUUCGUGGUUUUAGUAAUCGCAUUGAUCCUUACCUUCACUCCCUCGAAGAGAAGGCAACAGCAAAGUCUAUCACCAGAAGGCACCGCAAACCAGAUGGAAAAAGGAAGUUUACCCACCAGCUCCCUGCCCACUGUCUUGCUGGUGUACUCCCCAUGCCUUCACCAACACAUGGCUGCACUAUCCAUCCAAUUACAAAAUUUGACAGGACUUAAGAUCGAGGACCUUUAUGCCGUAGGAGACCAGGAUAAGAUCAACGAUCCCACAGUUUGGUUCACCCGACGCCUCAUGGACAUCAACACCCGCUUCGUGCUGGCCGUCUCCACUCCUUCCUCCUCCUUCACACAAAACAACUGUUCUGAGAACCGUAAGCAAGGGGGAGUCUACCACUUUCUCUUUGACCAUUUUCUUCAGCAUCUGCAGUCGUCCAACCUUGCCUAUGAUUACACGCGUCUCCAUCAUGUCAGAGUUUGUUUCUCUUACCUAAGCAGCGGGUCACACACCGGGUACCUAAUCACUGCUAGGUGAACGGGGCUACACUGCAAAGAAGAAAGAACUUCUGACCUGGCCCGGGAAUCGAACCUGGAUCCUCCCAUUUGUGAAUCGGGGCGCUAUACACACACACACACACACACACACACACACACACACACACACACACACACACACACACACACACACACACACACACACUUCAGCCGAAACCUGCCGAAACGAUAAUUACUCCCUGUGAGGUCUAAAGCACUGUUCAGGGGGUGCUGUGAACUUAUCAUUAAGCCCAGCUGUGACCUCAAUGAACGUUUCCCUUUGUGUCUCACAACACAAGGGGACAGUCACAGUCUGCCCUCUAAAGACUACUCUCUUCCUCCACACAAAACUACAAACAUCUAAUAACACACACACCCUUCACUCAAAAAUUUUAAAAUCAUCAUGCCGACUCCUACACCAGCCUCGGAGUCCCCAUCUGGGGAGGGGACCAUAAAUGUCCCCAGGUCGGACUGCCUUUCUGUUGACGACCCUAAGUGUCUUGACACCCCUCUCAACUUUUUCUUCAUUAACUUCUGCAACAUUCGCGGUCUAAGAUCUAAUUUUCAAUCUGUAGAACACCACCUCUCCUCUUCUAAACCUCAUCUUCUUUUCCUCACUGAAACUCAGGUGUCUGAGGCAACUGACAGUAGCCCCUUUUCUGUUCCCUCCUACUUUCUCAAUCCUCAUUUUCGAUCCAAAGCUGGAUGUUGCGUUUAUGUGCGCAAUGACUUAAUUUGCUCUCGUGCCCACGCUCUUGAAUCUUCCGAGUUUUCCACCAUCUGGCUACGACUACAGAGUCACUCUCAAACUAAAUUUAUCUGUGCUGUAUACCUCUCACCUAACUCCUCUGACUAUAAGAAAUUCUUUGACUACUUAACUUCCAAAGUGCAGCACAUUCUGACCCUCUUCCCUUUUGCAGAGAUCUCCAUUCUUGGAGACUUCAAUGUUCACCACCAGCUUUGGCUUUCCUCUCCCUUCACUGACCAUCCUGGUGAACUAGCCUACAACUUUGCUAUCCUCCAUGACCUAGAGCAAUUGGUGCAACACCCUACUCGUAUUCCUGACCGUCUUGGAGAUACACCCAACAUUCUUGACCUUUUCCUGACCUCUAAUCCUUCUGCUUAUGCUGUCACCCUUUCUUCUCCGUUGGGUUCCUCCGAUCACAAUCUCAUAUCUUUAUCUUGUCCUAUUGCUCCAAUCCCUCCUCAGGAUCCCCUUAAGCGAAGGUGCCUCUGGCGUUUUGCCUCUACUAUUUGGGAGGACCUGAGGAGGUAUUUUGCUGAUUUUCCUUGGAAUGACUACUGCUUCCGUGUCAGAGACCCGUCUUUGUGUGCUGAGCGCAUAACAGAGGUGAUAGUGUGUGGCAUGGAGGCAUACAUUCCUCACUCUUUUUCUCGUCCUAAACCUUCUAAACCUUGGUUUAACACAGCUUGUUCUCGUGCUAUACAUGAUAGAGAGGUGGCCCACAAAAGGUACUUAAGCCUUCCAUCACCAGAAUCUCAUGCACUUUAUAUUUCUGCCCAGAACCAUGCCAAGUCUGUUCUCCAACUAGCCAAAAACUCCUUCAUUAACAGAAAAUGUCAAAACCUUUCAAGAUCUAACUCCCCUCGUGAUUUCUGGCAUCUAGCCAAAAAUAUCUCCAAUAACUUUGCUUCUUCUUCUUCUUUCCCUCCUCUAUUUCAACCAGAUGGCACCACUGCUAUCACAUCUAUUUUUAAAGCUGAACUCUUUGCUCAAACCUUUGCCAAAAACACUACCUUGGACGAUUCUGGGUUUGUUCCUCCCUCUCCUCCACCCUCUGACUAAUAAUUCAUGCCACAUAUUAAAAUUCUUCGCAAUGAUGUUUUCCGUGCCCUCGCUGGCCUAAACCCUCGGAAGGCUUGUGGACCUGAUGGGAUCCCUCCUAUUGUUCUCCGAAACUGUGCCUCCGUGCUUACACCUUGCCUAGUCAAACUCUUUCAGCUCUGUCUGUCAACAUCUACAUUUCCUUUUUGCUGGAAGUUUGCCUACAUUCAACCUGUUCCUAAAAAGGGUGACCAUUCUAAUCCCUCAAACUACCGUCCUAUUGCUUUAAUUUCCUGCCUAUCUAAAGUUUUUUAAUCUAUCCUCAACAGGAACAUUCUUAAACAUCUAUCACUUCACAACCUUCUAUCUGAUCCCCAGUAUGGGUUCCGUCAAGGCCGCUCUACUAGUGAUCUUCUGGCUUUCCUUACUGAGUCUUGGACAUCCUCUUUUAGAGAUUUUGGUGAAACUUUUGCUGUUGCCUUGGACAUAUCAAAAGCUUUUGAUAGAGUCUGGCACAAAGCUUUGAUUUCCAAACUACCCUCCUACAGUUUCUAUCCUUCUCUCUGUAACUUCAUCUCAAGUUUCUUUUCUGACCAUUCUAUUGCUGCUGUGGUAGACGGUCACUGUUCUUCUCCUAAAUCUAUUAACACUGGUGUUCCUCAGGUUUCUGUCCUGUCAGCCACUCUCUUCUUAUUAUUCAUUAAUGAUCUAAACCAAACUUCUUGUCCUAUCCACUCCUACGCUGAUGAUACCACCCUGCACUUUUUCCACGUCUUUUUUAUAGACGUCCAACCCUUCAGGAGGUAAACAUAUCACGCAGGGAAGCCACAGAAUGCUUGACUUCUGAUCUUUCUAAAAUUUCUGAUUGGUGCAGAGAAAACUUGGUAUUGUUCAAUGCCUUAAAAACUCAAUUCCUCCAUCUAUCAACUCGACACAACCUUCCAGACAACUAUCCCCUCUUCUUCAAUGACACUCAACUGUCCCCCUCUUCUACACUGAACAUCCUCGGUCUGUCCUUUACUUACAAUCUGAACUGGAAACUUCACAUCUCAUCUCUAGCUAAAACACCUUGUAUGAAGUUAGGUGUUCUGAGACGUCUCCGCCAGUUUUUCUUACCCCCCCAGCUGCUAACUCUGUACAAGGGCCUUAUCCGUCCAUGUAUGGAAUAUGCUUCACAUGUUUGGGGGGGUUCCACUCAUACUGCUCUUCUAGACAGGGUGGAAUCAAAAGCUUUUCGUCUCAUCAACUCCUCUCCUCUAACUGACUGUUUUCAGCCUCUCUCUCACCGCCGCAGUGUUGCAUAUCUAGCUGUCUUCUACCGCUAUUUUCAUGCUAACUGCUCUUCUGAUCUUGCUAACUGCAUGCCUCCCCUCCUUCCGCGGCCUCGCUGCACAAGACUUUCUUUUUUCUCUCACCCCUAUUCUGUCCACCUCUCUAACGCAAGAGUUAACCAGUAUUCUCAAUCAUUCAUCCCUUUCUCUGGUAAACUUUGGAACUCCCUGCCUGCUUUUGUAUUUCCACCUUCCUAUGACUUGAAUUCCUUCAAGAGGGAGGUUUCAAGACACUUAUUCAUCAAUUUUUGACCAUUGCUUUGACCCUUUUAUGGGACUGGCAUUUCAGUGGGCAUAUUUUUUUAUUGGAUUUUUGUUGCCCUUGGCCACUGUCCUUCCUACAUAAAACACACACACACACACACACACACACACACACACACUUGGAUUAGAUCAGAUUGUUUACUGACUACAUAAUUUUUUUAUGUUUAUGGGCUUUACACAAUUUUAUAUGAACAUAAAUUGAACGAAACAAACAUACAACUCUUAAAUGUAGU